GGAUGAUUGAUGAUGAUGAUGAUGAUGGCUCAUUCCAUUGAUCCAAGAUGGCGGCCGAGGUAGGACGCGCAAUGCCACGCUCCUGCUGAAAAGUCAUAUAUUGCGUCUUUCCUAGUAGUUCCUAUGAAAUAGUUCCUUCUAAGUGUUUGCAAAGUUAGUCAAUCCUAUCACCUCUAUACUUGAGGAUAUUUCUAGAUCUUUUAGGUCAAGUUUAGCCAAGUUUUAGCGCAUCCGACAAGAUCCAAGCGAACCCUUGCCGGACGCCAUGACGAAAGACAGCGGCGAUCUCUAUCACAUACUAGGAGUCGAAUACAACGCCAGUCAAGGAGAUAUCGUCGAAGCUUACAAGAAAGAAGUCAACAGCUACGAAAAUGCUUCAAAACUCAACAAAAAGGGUCCCCUCUUCAAGAAAGCUGAGACAAGAUAUCGGGAGGUAAGCAAGGCCUUUGUUGUUCUGUCAGACGAAUCCCGAAGAAAACAAUAUGACGCUGGCUCUCCUGCUUCAAACACCCCCAAGAUCAACAGACAAAGAACUGGCUAUCAAGUAAAGUUCAACGAGCAAAGCGUCACCAUCUUUCUACCUCAAAACCUAACAAAAACCUGGCUUACGACUUGCGAGAAACACUAUGACACUCAAGCGAUGGACGGAGGGAAGAACGGUCAACAGAUCAAGACAUCGUUUCUAGACACCAAGUCGCGCCAAGUUCUCGGAUCGGUCAGCAUCAAAUUCUACGAGUCAACUCAUAAGCUACUGAUCCAAGGUUCCGCGUAUCUCCUGUGGCUUGCUGAAGUUUACCCAGAACUCAUGAACUCCAUUAAUCCCACUUCUAAUAACAGUCCUGACAACGCCGCAACUCACGUACAAGCGUCGAUGCCGGAACCCCACUCUACACCGGCGGAUUCAGUCGUACCCCUCCCGCCCUGUCCUACAUGUGACCAACCGGUAGAGUCAGACACUUGUGACUGUAACACAGUACCUAAGGAUGUAGUGGAUGUCAACAGCAACCAUAUUAAUGGUCCUGAAAGCGAAAGUCAAACUGAAACCAAUGUCCUUGUUGAAACCACAGAUGACAAAGAUUCCAAGAUGGCGCACGAGAGUGUCACCUCUAAUUACUCUAUUGUUCAGGAGAGUGUGGCCAAACUCGAAACGUGUCUUGCAGAAAGUAUCACAGACAGAAAAGUGUUUGAAGAUUCGGUGUUGCAAAAACUCUCCGCAAUCGAAACCAGAGUAAAAUCAUGCGAGCGGCCCCAUACAUGUGUCGGUAUUUCUGCUGAAGUGAAGGACAGACUUCUGUCGGACAUAGCUCGUCUGGAGAAAAACAUGCACGAGCUUGAACUCAAAGUCAAAUCUCUGGAAAUGAGACAUGAGAGGUUGUGUACGGUAAUGCGUAAAGCCGAACGACCAGUCAGAAACGUCAGGCGAACUCGGUGGAAACCCAAACGACGGAUGACUCAGAUCACGCCUACAAAUUGUUACGUGAAGUAGCAACCAUCACUGUACAGAACAGAUUCCAGGUGCUCGAUGCAAAUCAUGACAAAUCCGACACCAUCUUGGAAACUUCACAUGAAAGCGCAAACCACAGCAAUAACAACGAAGACCUUUGCGAAUCCCGACGCAACAAAGGCGCACAGAGAAGUGAGAAGAGGUGAGCAGACUAUUAUGCAUCAGGAACAAAACAGCCUGCUGGCGUGCCAAGCGACCGCCCAAAAGUCACAACACAACAAAAUCUACAAAACAAUGAAGCGCCACUGGACAUGCUAAUCCUUGGUGAUUCCAACACAAGAGCUAUCCAAACAGAUAUUCUUUAUCCUGACAAGAAUAUCCAAAAAGACUUAACAUUCAACCUGACACAAGCCACAGCGUACAUUGAAAGUGCACCCAUACCGGCCCCGAGAGUAAUCUUCUUCCAUGUUGGAACCAACGAUGCACGUGACAUGAGGGACUCUACAAAGGUAUCCGAAGGUUUCCGAAAGCUGAUCGAAUUGUCCCACGACAAGUUUCCGCAUACUCCCCUGGUCCUGUCUUCAAUCCCACCGAGAGACGACCGUGAACUUCAGGCGAUAGGAGACAACGUGAACUCGUUCCUACAAGUUGUAGCAGAAGAGACGAGCUACGUGCACCUUGCGGACAACAGUAACCUGACUAAAAAUGGAACAAUAAACAAAUCACUGUACACCACAGAUGGCUAUCAUCUGAACAGGUACGGGACCCGGGUUCU